UCAUUCCUUCUCAGCGGUUCAGUUUCACCAGUCUGUGGCCUAAUAGCGGGUUUAAAUUGCUCUCUGUUGUGUAUAAUUGUGAAGAAAGCCCCCCACUCGGGGAUGCGGAGUAAAGUGGCGGUGGCACCGUGUCGCCAUUUUUUUCCUGGUUCAUCCAGAAGCCCAUCCCCCUGGUUGAGGGAAACCGUCCGACUUUCAUCCACUCUCCACUGGGAAGCGGCCCGGCUGCGUGCACGGCGGUUGAAACAUGGCCUCGCCAAGGACAAUAACCAUAGUGGCCCUUUCUUUUGCUCUGGGUUUGUUUUUCGUGUUUAUGGGAACUAUUAAGCUCACCCCGAGACUAAGCAAAGAUGCCUACAGUGAGAUGAAAAGGGCAUACAAAAGCUAUGCCAAGGCGCUGCCAGGUCUGAAAAAAAUCGGCAUCAGCUCCGUUCUGCUUCGCAAGAUCAUUGGGUCCCUAGAAGUGGGCUGUGGAGUGGUGCUGACCCUGGUCCCAGGCCGGCCAAAGGAUGUGGCCAACUUCUUGCUGCUGCUCGUCAUGCUGGCUGUGCUGUUCUUCCACCAGCUAGUAGGGGACCCCCUGAAGCGAUACGCCCACGCUCUAGUCUUUGGUAUUCUGCUUACCUGCCGGCUGCUCAUCGCCCGGCAGAGCGAUGAUCGGCCAGAGCGGGAGGACACCCGGGAGGAGCUGCAAAUCAACGACCAAGAAAGGAACAAGGUCAAGCAGUCUUAAGGUCUACAGCGGUAAAGGAAGAAAUGGAUUGCAGUAAUUGAAAAUUAAAGGGAAUCAUUUACUUCUAGUAAUAACCCUCCACAUAUACAUAUCUUCUGUCGUCCAGCUGGCUGACUGAUUAAGUUCACCAAUUCCUCUGCACUUCCACUGUGAAACUAAAAACUCAUGUUCCUUUUCUCCUCUGCAUAAUUGUGGACAAUCAUGCCUGAUUGAUCUCAACUUAUUGUCAUCACAGUCCUGUUUUCUAUUUAUUUGAGUGCUGCAGCUGUAAUAAAUGUUUGUGUUUUUACUUGAGUACAUAUUUUAAUUGUUGAUUUGAGAAUGCCGCUUCUCCAUCAGUCCUUGGAUCUAGUUUUUUCUAAUUUGUUUUUAUACCGUAAGUAGCUAGGAAAGACCUGUUAUAAGUCAAUUUGAAGCAUGCUUAAUUUAGUCAGGAGUGCAUAAGCCAAAAAAGAACUGUUGAUAAAAUUUUGUACCACUUACAUGUCAGCUUUUCAAAGCUGUGGCAACACAAAGAUGAAUUACACAAAAUAAUGCAAAUACUCAUUUACUGUUUAUUUCAGUAGAUAUUUCUGGGUGUUCAGAUGGUGGCCUGUUUUAAAAUAAAAUAAUCUGAAUAUUCUCUUUCUUCUGCCAGGUUUAGGGCAACACAGAUUGCCUCAGGUGUUUGCUGCUAACUGGUACAGCAGCAAUUUAACCAAAACAAUUAUAAUUUUGUCUGUAAGAACUUGUAUAUUAUUCCUUGUAAUUCACUGUUACAGUACAAAACUGGGUGAUUUUUUUUCCAUCUUUGAGCAUUUUAGGUGCAGUUACAAAUCCUGUCAAUAUUUCUGUAAAUGAAGAACUUUAAAUAAAGAAUUGGAGGUGAGAGUGA